ACAGCUAUGUGAAUUCAAUGCAACCACUGCUCGCGCGUUCUCUUUAGUCGGCAAUGGCCUCUCCAAGUCCUGGUAGGCCCGGCGGUUUCUUCUUGUCGGUCAUGAAUACCCCUUAAAUGCGGCUCCGUUCUUAUGCCAACAAUCGCCGUCGUGAUUCCUGUUCCUCCACCUCUUGCUGUCUUCGACCUGCCUAUAUAUCAUAUAAUUCUGUAGUUUAACUCAGUGGCGUCCUUCAACCGCGCUCCCUUCCCCCUCCCCCUCCCCUACCCUCUUCGCCAUGUCUGCUCAAGAACCGGUCCCCCGGCCUCAGUCCGACGACGAGGCCGCGGGCAAGAGCCCCAACAUGUGGCUCGCCCUGCUCCCCCGGAUCCCGCUUCUGCUGCGGGUCGCCAUCCUCCACAUGCUGCGCCUCUCCGAGCAGUCCAAGUAUCUCGACCUGCGCACCGAGCUCACCAUCGCUGUGCUGCGCUCGUUGCUCAACUCGCCCAAACCGCUGAGCAUCUCGGCGGCCCAGAAGUUGUCGACCCGGGCGCCCAAGAUUAAGGGUCGGAUCUGGAUCAGCACUUACGCGUGCCCGCCUCCGCCAGCCGGGGAGACCGGCCUGCAGGAUGCCAUCGCCAAGGCCGUCGACGGCCUGCGGAAUCCCAAGGCGCCGCCGCCCGCCUACCAGAUGGCGGAACCGGCGCCGGUCGAGGCCGAGUGGACCGGCUACCGCGCGAACGCGACACCCGAGUCCCGUCUGCCGGACGUCCCGGAGAAGGAGCUGUACGCCGAGAUGAUGAAGGAGGUCAAGAGCCCCGUGACGAUCCUCUACUUCCACGGCGGCGCCUACUACCUGCUGGACCCGGCAACCCACCGUCCGACGACCAAGAGGCUGGCCAAGCUGACGGGCGGCCGGGUCUACUCGGUGCGGUACCGUCUGGCGCCCCAGCACCCCUUCCCCGCCGCGCUGAUGGAUGCGCUGAUGUCGUAUCUCGCGCUGCUCUACCCGCCCGAGGGCGCCUUCCACGAGCCCGUCCCGCCCGAGCACAUCGUCUUCGCCGGCGACAGGUGAGCCUCUCUGCCUCCCCUCCUCCCC